AUGGAGAGUAAUCUUUCUGCCGCCCGGGCAUCCCGACGUUUCCUCGAUGAGCGCGUUCGCAACGACUGGGAUUACCCGGAUCCGGCGGUUGAGUGGUCAGCCUCUGACGAGCAAGUACGCGAUGCUGUCGAUUUCCGCGAACGAUACUAUGGCGAGUCGGAGUCUGGGGACUCGGACAACGAGGACCAAGAUGGUGCACCGUACAAGUUUGACAGUCCGGAGAGCAUCGGUGACGCGGUUGCGCAUACCCGCGAGGCGCGCAAGAGACGGCGUAGGGAGCGCAUGGAGCGUGAGAUGAAGGAAAACGAAGGCUUGCGUAUCUGGGUAGAGCGAAGAGAUGUAUGGACAGGCGCAGCGAGUGUCAGAAAAUACGGCACAGCACCAGAAACGUAUGACCUCGUACCUGUUGCACCCCGCCUCCUCGACCAGAACCCCAUCCGCGCCUCCAUCACCCCACAAGCAUAUCCCGACAUUUACCAGAAAAUCGUCGUCUCAUCACGCACCCCUUCAGUUCCCAUCAACCUCGCAGACAUGACAAAGGCGUUAGUCCAGGGCUGGAAAGACGCAGACGAGUGGCCUCCGCGCGUUGCAGCAGCAGACCCCCUUGCGGGCAAGAAGCGCGUCAUUACUGGUCCUCCGUCAAACGGAAAUCAUGUAGGCUUCAUUGCUAGACAUCCGCAUCUGGAAAAGGGGGUUGACGGCAUGAAGCGGAUUUUACAUCUUAAUGUACAACACAAUCAUGAAAACGAGCAUGCAAAAGAUGGGUGA